AUGGCUCUGGUCAACGGUGACGUGCCGCGAUGGGUGGUCGAUCUGCAAGCCCCUCCGGCCGCGAAGUCUAAGGUCCCGGGCGUCUCCGACCCGCCAGGCUACCCGGUGCAAACAUCCAGCUCCAAAAAGCAGAAGGACCAGAAGAUCCAGCCGCGCAAGCAACAGACGCCAGAGGAGAUGGAUACCUUAAAGGUCAAGAAGGCUUGGGAAGUGGCGCUCGCACCCGUCAAGAACCUGCCCAUGACAGCCAUCAUGAUGUACAUGUCCGGCAACUCGCUUCAGAUCUUCAGUAUCAUGAUGGUCGUGAUGGCGUUCAAGAACCCGCUCGUGGGUCUGACCGCCGUCAACCAGGCGUUUGAGAGAUUCGAGUCGGAAACGAACAAGGGCAAGAUGCUACAGGUCAAGCUGGCAUACAUCGUCAUGCAAUUCGUGGCACUGGCUUUGGCGGUCUGGAAAGUCAACUCUAUGGGUCUGCUACCGACAACGCGAUCAGAUUGGUUGGCUUGGGAAGCUCAGAGAGAGCCUUUGGAGUCCUCGGUUCCCGCUCUAUAG